AUGACGUCUUCAGUUCGCGAACAAACAGUGAACAAGAGACGAGGAGACAAGCAAUCCGAAGGAAAAUCCAAGUCUAAAUCACAUGGAUUGGCAGAUGAAGCCGAUCACACCGAUGACGCUGGGAAUCAAUCAAAUGACCACUAUAAAGCCCGUCUCUCCCCAUUCAGAUACAGCCUAAGAUCAAAACUAUUACCUAUAAUCCGAGCCGAAUCAAGUUAUUUAUACAGUUUACAAACGAAGUUACGACAUCCAAUUCUUGAUUUUUAUUUUGCGUGGACCGCCAACUUAGCCAGUCAUACUUUUUACGUGUUGAUGCUUCCACCACCUAUCUGGUUUGGUGCUAGUGAUUUAUCUCGUGAUCUAGUGUAUGUGCUUGGAUUGGGGAUCUAUUUCACAGGAUUCCUCAAGGAUUUCUUUUGUUUACCCAGACCAAGAUCCCCACCAUUACGCAGAAUCACCAUGUCGUCAUACACCACACAAGAAUACGGGUUCCCUUCAUCCCAUCUGGCAAAUGCUACUGCUGUUACGCUUGUAUUGAUUUCUCGUCUUGUUAAUUUAGAUAUUUCCCGCGGGGAAUACUGGGCAUUAAUGUCGGGGUUGAUUCUUUACUACUUUUCAUUGAUUUUCGGAAGAUUAUACUGUGGAAUGCAUGGAUUUUUGGAUAUUUUCAUCGGAUCAUCAGUGGGUGCUUCUUUAUUUGCAUUUAGACAUUAUUGGGGAAAGCAAUGGGAUGAAUUCUUAUUCAAUAAUGCACUCGGAGCUAUUCCUAGUGCGAUUAUUAUAAUUGCGUUAUUCAUGUCAUUCAUUCAUGUUCAUUCUGAACCAGUUGACAAUUGUCCAUGUUUUGAUGAUUCCGUGGCAUUUAUCGGUGUCUUAAUUGGUCUUGAUUUGUCACAUUUAGUUGCCUUCAAAACCCAGUAUUUGGCUAAUUUAAACUUACACAAGGAUCCAUUCCUACUUCCAUUCGACAGCAGUCAAAGUCCAUGGAAAACUGUUGUUCGAUUUAUAUUAGGGGUAACCCUAGUAGUUAUUUGGAAAACAAUUUCCAAGCCGGUGAUUUUUACAAUCUUGCCACCAAUUUAUAAAUUCAUCGGGGUUAACUUGCCAAGAAAGAAUUUCAUCGCCACAGCUCAUACCAAAGCGCCUACUCGAGCCAUCCGAUCCGCGUCAAUUUCCAACGAAACCGGCGAAAUCGGAGACAUAAACACGUUCAUCAAGGGAAUAACUGCUCAUAAUCAACGAGAUGAAGUUGGCCCUAGUACGGAAAUAGAUUACUUCGAAAUGUUGGAUUAUAACAAAGAACAUCAUUUACAAGAGAAAGUGGAGGAAGUCGCCGGCGUGUUUAAACCACGAUACGACGUGGAGAUUAUUGGGAGAGUUAUCGUUUAUGCUGGUGUUAGUACCACCGCUGUGUGGGGGCUUUUUAUGGCUACCCAGUAUGUCCCUGUAUAG